GACUAGUGUGAGCAUGCCAUCUCAUUGGUCCAAAUUAUUCCCCAACUGUGCGCCGGUCCGCCGACCGAAUUGACAAGUGCCUUUUAUCGAUAAGAAUUAUGACAAGCAAGUUAAGGCCACUUUCGCUCCAAGCUUCCAUAAUCCUAUACCUAUAGUUACACAGCUCAAUUCCACCAAUUCCAUCAAUUCCUCAAGCUGGCCUCAAACUUGUCGAGGCCAGCAACAUAAGCGACGAUACCCAAUUCCAUAAUACCAUAAAAUAUAAAAUACCAAAAAUGCUAUCAGGUCUUCAAAACCCGCGGCAAGCAGCCGCUCAACUGCUAAACUUCGGCCUCAUCCUAUCCACCGCGUUCAUGAUGUGGAAAGGCCUAUCCGUAUUCGCCGACUCCCCCUCCCCCAUCGUCGUCGUCCUAUCCGGGUCCAUGGAACCCGCCUUCCAACGCGGCGACCUCCUCUUCCUCUGGAACCGCAACAUCCUCGCCGAAACCGACGUCGGCGAAGUCGUAGUAUACAACGUCGCCGGAAAAGACAUCCCCAUAGUGCACCGCGUCGUUCGUAAGUUCGGCACCGGCUCGCACGCGCGUUUACUUACAAAGGGGGAUAACAACGCGGCUGAUGAUACGGAGUUAUACGCGCGGGGCCAGGAUUAUCUUGAGCGGAAGGAUAUUAUUGGGAGUGUGGUUGCAUAUGUACCGUUUGUGGGGUAUGUGACGAUUAUGCUGAGUGAACAUCCUUGGUUGAAGACGGUCAUGUUGGGGAUUAUGGGGUUAUUGGUUGUGUUGCAGAGGGAGUAGAUAUCUAUCUGCCUACUAUAAAUGUAGGACAAAUGAAAAAGAAAGCGGUCGGGCGUCUGGAAUUGCAUGCAAUUGUGGUGUUAAGGGAUCUUUUCGUGAAUAUAAAAGAAUUGUCGAUACCCCGAAGCUAUAAUACUCUGCAUCACUCGCACCUCUGUGAUUUGCUUUGGUGCAAUGCAGUUGAGUUGGUCGAAUGCAUGUAGUGGGCGUUUACCUUGGGUCCUCGCGUCCAUUAUCCGCCCCAUGAUACAUCCUCCGGCCGACUGUUUCUUCA